CUCUUAAUGGCGCGACUGUCUGAAAGUCCCCGCCCCUACCAUGACGUCGUCACCACCCUUAGCGGCCCCGCGCUGCUCUCCGCCAUAUUGGUACACCCAGCAGUAGGAGGUCGUGUGGGGGCGCUGCUGGUGUCUGGACACGAUGGCGGUGACGCUUCACACAGAUUUGGGCGACAUAAAGAUUGAGGUGUUCUGUGAGCGAGCCCCGAAGGCCAGCGAGAAUUUCUUGGCCCUGUGCGCCAGUAACUACUACAAUGGCUGCCUCUUCCACCGCAACAUCAAAGGCUUCAUGGUCCAGACCGGGGACCCAACCGGGACGGGGAAAGGUGGACAGAGCAUCUGGGGACGCAAAUUUGAGGACGAGUUCAGUGAAUUCUUGAAGCACAGCGUGCGCGGCAUCGUCUCCAUGGCGAAUAGCGGCCCCAAUACCAACGCCUCUCAGUUUUUCAUCACAUACGGCAAGCAGCCUCACCUGGACAUGAAGUACACGCUGUUCGGAAAAGUCAUCGAUGGUCUGGACACAUUGGACGAACUGGAGAAACUUCCCGUCCACGAGAAAUCCUUCCGGCCCCUAACAGAAGUGCGAAUCAAAGAUGUCACAAUCCACGCCAACCCCUUUGCCCUCUGACCUAUACAGCUUCAGCGUAGAUGUUCUGGCAUCUCUGUUCUACCCGCCAUUCAUCUGUAUCAGAUGUGGACAGAGUUUUUUGGGGGUCUCGGGCUCUUGAACAUGCUCAGUGGGUUCUGCGAUACGUCCAGUACUGUAUGGUCUUCUCCAUCAAGACAUCAGCUGCAUUUUGGGUUUUAGUUAUUGGAAUAUUUUUUAUGAAUAUUUUUUGUUAAAAAAUUAAAUAAAUUGGAUUUUCUUAUAUAAA